AUGGCCGGCGGAAUCGUCGCUGAGCCGCUGAACCCGCGCGACGGCUUCAACUGGGUCUUCCUCGUCGAGCUGCUCAUCUGCUGCAUCCUGUCCGUCUUCUUCUUCUUCUACUUCAACCGCCUGUUCGCCACCCUCGUGUCCUACGCCGUCCGCGCCUACACCUGGCGCACCUUCCACGCCUACGUCGACAUCACCGGCCUGCAGAUAUCGCCGCUUGCCGGCCGCAUCUUCUUCAAGGGCUUGCGCUACCACGCCCACAACGAGACCAUCCUGGUCCACGGCGGCUACGUCACCUGGAACUACUGGUUGCGCCGCGUGCGAGACGCCGCUGUCUACGCGGACCCCGACCACCCUGCCGACCACCCUGCCGACGACAGCAGCAGCACCGCCAGCGAUGCCCCGCCCACGUCGCCUAGCCCGCCGACGAGCCGCAGCCGGAACCUGGACCGCGCAGAGAAGGGCGGCAAGCAGACGCCCAAGCCGCUGCCAUGCCGCCUGUCCAUCAAGGUCUCUGGCGUCGAGGCCUUUAUCUACAACCGCAGCCCUGCCUACGACGCCAUAGUCGAGGCUUUCGAGCGCCAGUCCGGCUCCAGCAGCGCAGAUGCCCAGCACGCCGACAACACGCGCAGUGCCUCUGCAUCUCAGUCUGACGUCUCGCUUGACGAAGAGCAUCACCACAACAAACUGAAGAAGGAUCCCCCUGAAAAGGAGAGGAACCCUCUGCGAGCUGAUACAUCUCGCUCGACCGCCUCCAGGCCCAAGACGGACAGCCUCCCCGCUUUCCUCAGGAUCCUCCCGGUCUACGUAGAUGUCGCCAAAGGUGCUGUUGUUGUCGGCAACGAAAGCACCCCGGCCGUGAUAACGGCCCAAUUUGAGAAAGCCACCGGCACUCUUGAUGCAUCCUCCAGCGGCCCUCUCGAUAUGUACCAGCAGCUCAUCUCCUUCCAAGUCACGCACCCAGUGGUCCACAUGAAGCCCAAUCCUGACUACAAAGCCACUCAACUCGACACGGCUGCACAAUACAAACAAGAGUCCGGCAAGCAUCUCCCAGAGGAGCACAUCGUCGAACAUGACGUUACGCACCUGCGACGGAAGCCAUGGUCGAAAAGAAUUCCAUUCUUGUCUGGAUUAUUCUCUCGAUCGUCAGAUUCAGUACACACACAUUCGAGGACUGGCAUGAGGGACAGCAAACAGUUCAAGCCUCAGUGGCAUUUUCCUGGCCAGGAAAAGUGGAAGGGUCUGGCGCGCUACCUGGAUGAUAGUCAGAAUGAUGGCCAUGGCGAAUGGGACGGAAUUGAAUAUGCCAAAACCUCUCUCAUUGCCGAUAUUCCCCGCGUGAACGUCAGCUUCUAUUGGGACGUGACUGGUCUAGUACCCGCCGAAAUUGACAACAGCAUGUUUGUUGAUCCGUCUCGUCCACAUGAUAUCAACGGUGGCAUUCCGCCGGACUAUGGUAUGGACAUUGACAUCUUUGGCGGCAUCAUCAACUAUGGUCCUUGGGCAGAUCGCCACAGAGGCAUUUUCCAAAACUUCUUCUUUCCUGGAGCUCGGGUCGAUGCUGUGCCUGCUAAGCCGCUGGAAGCCGGAGACUCUCGUGUCCUGUCCGUCUUCAAAGUGUUCCUGUCUAUCAGAGAUGAUACCGUGCUCCGCAUACCAGUUAGAGAACCAUCAAAAGAUUGGAAGUGGAAGGGGAAGGCCCACACAUUGGCAGCGCAUGAGAAGCCUGGGAACGACAAAAGCAAAGGCAAGACAAGAUCCCGAAAACGGCGUGGCAAACAAAGAGACACGACAGGCGCCCAGAAUGUUCGCCCAUUCGGCUGGAUGGACGUCAAAGUUGCUGGUGACUCCACUGUCAACUACACUAUGGACAUGGUGGCUUCUAGCAAGGGGUUUGGGAAUAAGCUAGACGUGUCCGUCAAAAGCACCGAAAUCUCUUCCAGCGUCAACCAUGGCUUGCUGUGGCGCUCGGGGCCUAUCGCACUCGACUGCGACUUAUCAGCACCCGUCGCCUGGAACACAUUGCGAACAUGGAUGUUUCAUAUCAAAUGUCAAGAUCUUGACUUGUUUCUACUCAGAGAUCACCUCUUCCUUCUGACAGAUCUUGUGGCUGAUUGGGGUGCUGGUCCACCUUCCGACUACUUCACUUUCGUGCCUUUCCGUUAUCUUCUUGACGUCGAAUUGAGCAACUUCAAGCUGUUCAUGAACACUAACGAUUCAAAUAUUGUGAACAACCCGGUCGAUCUCGACGAUAAUAACUUUGUCAUAUUGUCCGGUCAGCAUCUCCGUGGAAACGCUAUCAUACCACUGGAUAAGUUUCGUCCACUACAGAACGAGAUACAGUUCGAUUUUCGUGGCGAAGAUAUGGGUCUGGAAAUUCUGAUGCCCUCGAAAAAUACACUCAAAACGUUCCUCAAGUCCCCUAAAGUUGCAAAGUUGGGAGGUCUGACGCUCACCGGAUCCCACACCUAUGUCACCAACACUGACCCAAUGAAUACCGACAGGCUGUACCUGAAUAUCCAAGGGCACAGACUGACCUUGGAUUUGUAUGGAUGGCUCAUCCAUCAUUUUAUGAAGAUCAAAGACAACUACUUCGGCGAUGACUUGCAUUUCAAGACGAUGGAGGAGUUCCAGGGCGUCCCCGGGACUAGUCUUCUAAAAGAUGGGCCCGAUACCGACAAGCAACCUUUCACAGUCUCUAACGACCUCGACGUUAUUCUAUGCGUAGCGGUGGAUGAUGCUACUGUGCUUGUGUCGUCCAAUCUCUACUCAGCCGAGCGCUGUAUCCGAGCCGACCUACCUUACGUAUCUGCGGACCUUCGCUUUACCAACUACUACAUGGAUCUGAUGGUCAACUUCAGCCCCAUCAGCAUAUCCUUGUCAGAGCUGCCUGCUAGCCCAGAUGCCAGCCCAGAUCAGCCAUCCGCAUCUUCGAGCGGACAAACAGAGCUUUUUAUCGAUUCGGUAGUCAUCUUUGGCCACCGUUUGUUCGGGCUCCCCCCUACUGAACCCACUUAUAUCUGUAAUUGGGACUUUGACGUCGGCAAAAUUUCUGGGGAGUGCACUCCCAGCUUCAUCGAGACUGCGGCCGGAGCAGCGCGUUCCUUUGCAUUCACCCUCGAUGACGAAGAGAACUCAUUACCUCUCACCGAGAUUCCGGUUAUUCACGAUGUCACCCUCUUGAGAUUGAGGACACAAGACGUUCAUCUAUGGUUACACGUUGCUCCAGAAGCCCUCUUAAUUAAGACGAGCGCUAUCACUCUGGACUUCAACGAUCUCGCAGGUACAACCUUUUCCCAGCGCCUAUCAGCGUGUGUGCCGGAUCUCACACUUGGUGCCGUUGACGCUCGAUCAGCGUCACGUCACCGGACUCGCGCUGGCGAGAAGCAGGUCGUCGAAACGCACGCUUUCUUUCAGACCACUUUGUCUGUCAAUAUGCUGAAGAGGAACCUUGAUUUUACAGCAGAUCGCGAGAAGCAGCAGGCACAUAUGCGUGAGCAUGACCAGCGCACACAUCGCGCUAAUUUCAUGUUCAAUCGCGAGUUCGAUGGUGUCUUCCAUCAGAGUCCGACUGCACAAGCCAAUGUGCGCCCACCAGCCAUGCAAUUUCCUGACGUACCACAACCGUUACUAUUCUAUGGCCCACGCACUAACGAGACGGCGUCCAUGAAGUCAACAGCCUCAUUCACGAACGAGUCCCUUCGGAGAGGUCGACGAUCCGGCACAGGUUCCAUACGAUCAUUGUCAAGCAGCUCCCUCGCAGGUAGCAUUCGAUCCAUCUUCAGAAAUAAGCACACAACACGUACCGCUGAUUCGAGUAGAAGCCGCACUCUUCUUGGCGGGUCCUCGCAUCGCGGGGAAAGCAAGGGUCGCGUGCCCCCAGAAGAGCAAGAACGAGCCCGACGAAAUUUGCCCCCUUCGUCUGUGGCUCUGUCCAGCUCGCUUGCCCCCCCGUACUUCCCAUUGGAACAGGUGGACCCAGACUUAUCCGACGUUCCUUCCAUACCACAUUUGCCACCAUCUUCUCCAGGCAACCAAGAGGGCGAUUUGAUGUUUAACGGCCUAUCCACUGGACAUCUGGACGAGACUUUCUCGCAUACCUCCAUCCUAAUCAGUGCAGAGCCAGGUAUACGAAUCUACUGCACUCCUACCUCCGUCAAAUGUGUCUCGAAUUUGCUUAAAAUCAUUCAGCCAAUGCGUCCCGAGGACUUGCUAGAUGACUUCCAAGUACAAGUUAUGACCAAGAUCUUGGACAACAGGACCCGACUUGAAGGCAUUGGAAGCUCGCUAGAAUUCAACGUCCGUGUUCCCUUUGCUCACGUUCGCUUUCAGCAUAGCUUCGGCUCUGAUUCUUCACCCGCCAGCGGUAAAGACCAAUACGAUCUGAUCGCCAAUCGUUUGGACCUAGCCGCACGAAUCAAAAAGUUUCCUGGAGAGCGAGCAGGUGAGGAUUCACUAGCAUUGCAUACCACGCUGGGCUCACUUGGCCUCUCAAUUACAGAGCGCACUCUCCAAGGGCCCAGUGAAGGUGUCGCGGUGCAAGCAGAAUUGCAAGACGUUCUUGUCUGGUCAUUACAAAAUAAGGAGAGCUCCGUGAACAUCUCAUUCAGAUCAUUCGAGACCGCGGCGGCAAGUAAGAAGAUAGAGUAUCUUGCCUCACUGGUCCACCGAACAGCUGUCCUAGCUGAUGAUUUAGCAAUUGGGUUUGUUGAGGCUGAUGAGCAGCACGACGACAGAAUGCGUUACCUGGCAUGGUAUCUGACCAGUGUGCAAGACCAAUACCCUGAUCCAGCCUUCUUGACGAAAGCAUCAUACGCCUUGCGUGCGGCGAGAGACCAUCUGCGCAGCCAUGAUUCGUGGAAAAUCAUUUCACGUUUCCGCCACACUUGGCAAUGCCUCCCUUCAUACGAGAAGCGUGAUUUGGCCAGGAAGUGUGCUCAGAGAAAGGUGGGAUGUCCGGAUGAUGCCGAGGAGAAGAUCAUCGCAAUGUGGGAUCAAUGGCGAACUUGGGAUCUGGCGCACGUUGAGAAAAGUCUUGCUAUGAGGGUACUAUUUGGUCAUCUUGCAGACAGCUUGCCUACCCCGAGCUCAGCACCGGUGUACCUUGACGUCAAGUCUGGCGGCGUAAAGCUGAUUGUUGAUCCUGGUCCGAAGCAGAGCGAGGUUGAAGUGGUCAUUCUCGCUAUUAAUGUUGCGUUCUUGCCUCCUGUCAAAGAGCCGGAUGCGCUUGGAGUGGUGACUGUCGAUACACCCACAAAGUCCUCCACAGUGCAAGUCAGUGCUCGGGAAACAUUGCUCCAUGUCCAUUGGGAGUUGUGUGAGCUCGCUGAAGCGCUCACGACGCUAUUCCUUAGAGACGAAGCCACAUCACAAACACCAACAUUGGCAAAAACUGCUCAGUCGAAACAAAGUAACAAGAUGGAGCAUCACCAAAACCUGCAAGUGGUCUUUGUCACAAGCAGAUCACAGAUCAUUCUCGAUACCAUCAACACUCGCAGCAUUAUGACCGGGCGGCGCAUGCGAUUCUCGUUCGUUGAUGCUGAUAAGAAGGCUUCAGACCUAGGAGAAGUAUUAAGUGCUCACCUCCAUUUAGAGCUGGCCGUGGGCGAGAUAUACUCUCGAUCUCGUUCCCUCGUUAAGGUCCAAUUUGAGCAACCAAGCCUGUAUCUUGCUCUAGUCGAACAUGAGAAGAGGAGUGACAUUCCUGAUGAGAUCAAGGCAGCAGCAACCAGCCGAUUGAUCAUUGUUAAGUCUCAGGAAGAUAUCAUGGGCAUUGUCGAGGUUGUUGACCUCGUACUCAGAGAUGAAGUCGCGUAUUUUGCGCGUCAGUCCAAAGCCAUGCAGGCAAUUGCGAAACAAAGGCCGAGCAGCAACCAACCAGAGCUGAACAAGGGCAAUGACACUCAGCUUCCUAACAUCACCUUGGCACUUUUUAUGGAUGCCUACCAAGUUGAGCUUGCGCUGCUCCACCCUCUGGGCUGGGCUAUCUCAGGUAAGUCGGGACGUAUUGCAGUGGUCCCGACACUUGGAAAAAAUGUCACACUCCGUGUCGACUAUGAUCUUGACACCAGCCACCACAGGAUGUACAGCACAUCCAAGGAGGGAUCCCACGUUAUUAGCUCCUUGCAGUUGCCUGCCGUGAACGGUAGACUGAAUGUCUCGCAGACUGACCAAGAGACACGUGUCAUGGCUUCCGGUAUCAUUGAGACUAUUCAUAUUCAAGCUUCCGAAAUCCAGGCACUCGCCACGACGCUGAACAAUCCCGAUAUCACACAGAUGCUAGACGCCGUUAAGGACGACAUAGAAGUUUUGAAUACCCACCUAGAGGAGAUAUUCCCGCCAAAUGACGACAAUGUUGCAGCAAAGUCCCCCGUCGUCUCGAGGGACAUACUGUUCGGAGUCCAAAUGACGCUCUCGGGGAUGGAAAUAGUUGCGGUCGCCCCAGGAAAAGACCCGGACUCCCCUACCGCGCAUCUAGCUUUUCGCUUGUCGUCCGUACAACUGAAAGCCACAAACAUGGAUUCAAACAACAACGCAAUGCUCUUCCCAGAGGCAAUCAUUCUCAUUCAUGAAAUAGCUGUCGACAUGACGCUGUCUGACUCAGAGUCUGUUCGCCGUUGUGGGAAUCUCACCUUCAGCGCAAUUCUUCAGGCUACGACCGAACAAGAGUCCGACCCUCAGCGAAGGUUAUACCGUGUCCGAAGCUCUGGCCUAGAGCUUAAUGUGUUUGCGGAUACUGCCUCGGCUGUUGUAGAUGUCAUGAAUCAUUUGCAGGACAGGAUUAAGGAUCUGGACCUUUCCAAGGAGAAAAAGUACUUGAAACGGCUGCGCCAUAGCAAGAGCAAGCUUUCCAGCAAACAAGCCAAGAGCGUGGGAAGUCGUACAGAUGCCGAAAACGACAGCAUCGACUCGGGUGCCUUGUUUACCUCGACUUACUCCAUGGAGCUCCUCGACCUGCAAGCUACCUGGGUUGUCGGUUCUUCGAUUAUGCCUUUUGCUAACACUGAGACUGAAGAUCUGGUCCUAUCUUUUAGAAAGAUCAAUCUUUCAACACAAAAAGACGAUGCAGCACGCCUCAUGAUUGAAGAUAUGCAGCUGCAAAUGGUACCAAUAUCUGCGAGCAAGAAGACAAGAUCGCUGAACUCAGCAUUGCUGCCAAAGAUGCAGUUCAAUGUUGCCUAUGCCUCCACCAAAGACACAAGAAAGCUUGCUUUUCACGCUGCUGGUAAAGCUCUAGAUUUGCAGCUCGACUCUCAUUUUAUUCUGCCAGCCAAUGUCCUUGAGAGAUCGAUUGCGCUUGCAGGCAGAAAGUUUCGCAAGGCUUCCGCGAACUGGAGCGUCACACCCACCACCUCUGGCGCGCAGCGGAAGAACCCAUUCGGCAACAAGCGACUAUCUUCACUGACAGUAGAUGCCAACUUUGCUGGUGCUGUAGUACACAUCAACGGUCGAGAAGGCCCAUCACCACAAGGUGCAUCGCAUAGAUCGCAACAGAAGGGAAGAUAUAGCCAAUUUGUCGGUGAUGGAUCAAAGAGUAGCCUGGCCCUUCGAGCACCCGGUGUUGCUCUGCGAGUAGAGUAUCAAGACGAAGGACAGGACCCAUCACUCAACGCUGAGCUUCGUGUCGAUGGGUCCAGCAAUACUCUACUGCCGACUGUAGUUCCCAUCAUCAUCGACAUUUCGGAUAGUAUCAAGGCUGUUGUUCAAGACAAGGACGGUGAUGACUCCCAGUCGCCACAAGAAGAGCAAGCCGCGCAAGCGAAGCCCACCGCAAAAUUGCUCGAUGAUGAUAACAACAUCAUCAAUGCUGACCCAUCGGCGCUGUUGGGUCGCACGAGCCUCAAUCUUGGUCUUCGGAUCUGCAAGCAAGAAUUCAGCCUUAGCUGCCAGCCAAUCGCACGUGUCACAGCAAUUGCGAAGCUCGAAGAUAUCUAUGUUACUGUCAACAGUGUCAAAUCACAAGAGCACGGGCACUUCUUCGCUGCUUCUGCCGCCUUCACAAAGCUAAAUGCUACUGUUCAGCAUGUCUACUCGCGCGAGUCGACAUUUGGCCUCGACGUCGAGUCGAUAGUCCUAUCGCUGAUGAACAGCAAACACCUCAGCGGCACUAGUGGCAUAUCUGCUAUUCUGAAAAUCAAUCCUACGGCAUUGCAGAUCAAUGCUCGACAGCUGCAAGACUUUCUGCUGUUCAGGGAAAUUUGGAUCCCUCCAGAGAUUAGACAAUCGUCGCAGCCUGCAGACGCGAACGUCAACUCAAAUCCCGAGCCACAGGAGUAUUUGAUGCAACGUUAUCAACAAGUCACCGCCGCAACAGCCUUUCCGUGGAAUGCCAACGUGGCGAUCACGGACAUCAAGGUUGAUCUGGAUCUCGGCCAAGCCAUUGGCAAAUCUUCUCUCCACAUAAAUAACAUGUGGGCGUCGUCAACAAAGGGCACUGAUUGGGAACAAAAUUUGUGUAUUGGUGUUGAGAAGGUCAGUUUGGAAAGUACAGGUCGAACCAGCGGCUUCGUAGAGCUGGGUGGCGUCAAAGUACGAACUUCCAUCAGAUGGCCUGAACGAUCAGCAGACGCGCGUUCGACACCACUCAUUCAAGCAUCAGUUGGUUUUCGCCAACUACGUGUCAAGUCCGGCUUUGACUACCAGGCUUUCGCUGUAGCCGACAUUGCCAACUUCGAGUUCCUAAUGUACAACGUGCGCGGCGACGAAGAAUCAGGUCAGGAUCGCCUUGUUGCCAUUCUUGACGGCGACAAGGUACAUGUCUUUUGCCAUGCCACGAGUGUAGCACAAGGCCUUGCUCUCUACCAGGCUAUCGAACGACUCGUGCAGGAAAACCAGCAAGCAUAUAUGCAGUCACUGAAAGACAUUGAAAAAUAUCUUAGGCGGAAGUCCUCGGUAUCGCAAUCUUUCGGCGGCCAACUUUCUCAGAGCAUGAUCGCCGCCAAAGCAGAAGAAGACGACGUCUUUAAAGCGCCAAUAUCCCUUCACACAGACGUUGUCGUCACCUUGCGUUCGAUCAAUCUGGGUGUCUACCCAGGUACCUUCCUCGACAACGUGGUACUUAUGCUUGAAGCUGGUGACAUGCAAGCGCGCUUCGCUGUCGCCCUCGAGACACUUAAGAUCCACUCCAGCCUCGGUAUGACCCUUGGACAACUGUCGGUCGCUCUUUCUUCAGUUCCAGCCCAAAAGAAGACCAAAACUAUCUCGGAACUUACAGUAGAAGACGUCGUUGAGACCGCAAGAUCGGCUCGAGGUGGGACUAUCUUGCGAGUUCCUAAAGUUGUAGCCAAUAUGCACACUUGGCAGGUGCCGAAGAACAACCACAUCGACUACGUUUUUAAGAGCAGCCUGGAGGGUAAGGUUGAUGUCGGCUGGAACUACUCGCGUAUCAGCCAUAUCCGGCAGAUGUGGACGAACCACUCGCGAACCCUUGCAAAUCGCCUGGGCAAACCACUCCCUGAGUCCAACAUCAAGAUCAGCACAGGCCAGACCCUCGAAACGCCCUCCACCGACGGUGCAAAUAUGAAGGCCACCGCCUCCAAUACUCUCGCCAACGCCGCCGCCAGCCGGCCCCGUGGCCUCUCCGUAUCCACGAGCCCGAAUCCAGACAACCCCGACUCGGAGCAAGAGAAGAUCACUGCAGUGGUCAAUGUCCCGCAGUCCAGAUACGAGUACACUCCCCUAGAGCCGCCAAUCAUCGAGACUCCGCAGCUGCGCGACAUGGGCGAGGCUACGCCGCCACUGGAGUGGAUCGGGCUGCACCGCGAUCGGCUGCCAAACGUAACGCAUCAAAUCGUGAUUGUCUCGCUACUGGAGGUGGCAAGGGAGGUGGAGGAUGCGUACGAGCGGAUUCUAGGCAGCAGCUAA